AUGUCUUUCAGUUUUUCUACAACUACUGUCGAUCCAUACGGUACACAUCAUUCAUCAUCGAACAGUAUGCAUCAUCAACAAUAUAUAUCACCAUUAACUGGUUCAUCAUCAUCCUCAACUGGUGGAUCACCAACAACAACUGUACAAGUUCAAGCCGGUCCUAAUAUGCCUCUAUUAACAUCAAUUGCAAAUGUAAAAGAUUCACGUUGGCUUACACUUGAAGUAUGUCGAGAAUAUCAACAAUGUAAAUUUGCCCAUCCACCGACACAUGUUGAAGUUAAUAGUGGCAAAGUUAUUGCUUGUUUUGAUUCGCUUAAGGGUAAAUGCAAUCGUACCAAUCCACCGUGUAAAUAUCUUCAUCCACCACAACAUUUACGUGACAUUCUACUUCAAAACGGACGUAACAAUCUUAUUCUACGUAGUAUUGCUAUGAAUAUCGCUGCUAAUCAAGCUAUUUAUCCACAAACGGCAACUCAUUUGCCAUAUCCUAACGGUGCUAUUAUUCAAAGUCCUUUACAACAACCUCAAUCAAUGGCGUCCUAUCCUCAUCUUGGUCCAAAUGGUCCAGGUCAAUCAACUUUAUUAUUCAAUUCAGCUGGUCAAGCUUUUAGCAUUCCUUUUAAUGCAGCUCAUUUACAACAACUUUCUCAAGCUACAGCUACUGCAGCUAUGUAUAGUUCAGAUGGUACACAAUAUUUUCAACCGGUAACACAAUUAACUGCUCAACCAACUGGACCCAAAAUAACCCGUACUGAUCGUCUUGAAUCUUACCUUGAACUUGAUACGCUCUAUGUAUGCACUGAUUUUCAGCAUGGACAGUGUUUGUAUUCUGCAGAUAUAUGUCCCUAUGCGCAUCCACAAGCACAUUGUCCACUUGACGCAGAUGGUCUUGUUACUGUCUGUGUUGAUUAUGUUAAAGGAAAAUGUGCUCGUGAAACAUGCAAAUAUUUCCAUCCACCUGAUCAUCUUGUUGCACAAUUGAAAGCUGUUAAAGCACAAUCAGCUGCAGCUGCUGCACAAGUUUAUUCAGCAGCGGCUGCACUACAAUAUUCACCAUCUACUAUUCAAUUGGUUCAUCCACUUUCAUUGAAUAGUAGUCAACAGAUAUUGUCCGCACCACCUACUACAUAUGUCUAUCCUCAGCAAGCAUCUAUUGCACCCGCUUCUUCUUCGCCAUUGCAACAACAAAAUCAAUCGGAAGAUGAUGGUGCAUAUACAAAUGGUUAUAUUCCAUCUUAUCAACCAUAUCCAGGACAAAUUCAAACAAUUUAUACACAAGCACCAUCUGUUGAUUUAAAAGAUUCAUCAUUAGUGACAUCAAGUAAUAUUUCAAAUAAUGAUGGAUCAUCAUCAUCAUCAACAAAUGAUAUAAAGCCACCUGGUGCACAACUUAUUGCUGCACCACAAUAUAUGCAACAACAACAACAAACAGCUAUAGCUGCACAACAUCAAAAACGUUCAGCUGUAGCUGAUCCUAAAACUGGUAUACCAAUGGCUGCUUAUCCAAUGACAGCAUUUUCUUAUCAAUCACCAUCACCGCUACCAAUACAAUUUCAACAACAAUAUUUAACUGCUGUUCCUAUGGCUUUUACUGGAUAUGCUUCACAUUUGCCACCGAGAAUUUAA